CUGCCAAAUUUGUCAGUUCUCUGAUAUUCUAACCUAUUUCCCUUCCCAACAUUCAUCAAAACUUCCUUUUCGUUUUCAAUGAGUUUAAGAAGAACAUCAAAAAUUUGCAUCAAUGGGAUCUUCAAGUGGUGUUGGUAAUUCGCCUUUUCCGAAAUGGCAAGUCGCAGUGGGUGUAGCAUCAGCUGGCGCUAUAGGUUUAGUCGGCUAUUGGUAUCUUAAAUCGAAUAGAAGCCCAUUAUUCAAUAGAUUGCGAGGCGCCAGUGAAGAAACGGUAGAAGAACCUAGUGUAUCAAAAAGUAAAACGAAUGAUCCCUUUGAAAUAGCUCAACAAUUCAAAUCAGAAGGAAAUGAUGCCUUCAAAAGUGGAAAAUAUGAUGAAGCUAUACGAUUUUACACCAAAGCCAUUGAAACAUGUCCUACAGAUAAAAAAAACGAUCUUGCCACAUUUUUCCAAAAUAGAGCUGCAGCAUACGAACAAUUGAAGAAGUGGAGUGCUGUUAUUGAUGACUGCACCAAAGCAAUUGAGUUUAAUCCCAAAUAUGAAAAGGCUCUUUUCCGCAGGGCUAAAGCAAGAGAAACAAUCAAGGAUUAUGAAAAUUGUUUAGAUGAUAUAACUUGUGUUUGCUUGUUGCAAAAUUUUCAAAAUCAAGCCGCACUUCUUAUGGCAGAUCGAGUGUUAAAACAAUUGGGCAAAAUUCAUGCAGAGGAAGCCAUGAAAACAAGAAAACCAGUUACUCCCUCCAAAGUAUACAUUCAUAAUUAUUUAUCUUCAUUUUCGAAUGACCCUCUUGCUAAAGUCUUAUUAGAAGUUGGAGAGCCACUAGGACAAGGAGAAUUAAAGGGAUUUUUGAAAGCAAAGCUUGCUUUUGCUACAGAAAAAUAUGAUGAAAUAAUACCAGCAUGUACUGAGGAAAUAAAUUCUAGUGAAUCUGAUAGCAAAUACAUAGUGGAAUCCCUCUAUCUCAGAGCUACGUUUUAUUUCCUUUGUGGUCAAUUCAAAGAAGCUUUAGCAGAUUUGACCACUAUUAUUGAAAAUGAGGAAUAUGAUUAUAAAAUAAGAGUGAAUGCUCUCAUUAAACGUGCAUCCAUAUAUAUGCAAACUGAAGAAUUGCAAGCAUGUCAAAAAGAUUAUGAAACUGCAAUUGAAAUUGGACCUAACAUAGCAGAUGUGUAUCACCAUAGAGGUCAAUUUAAACUUCUUAUGGAGAAGAUUAAUGAGGCAAGAGAAGACUUCCAAAAAGCAGUAACAUUGAACCCUGAUUAUCCUAUAGCUUAUAUUCAAAAACUAUAUGGUGACUACAGAUAUGCCUUGCAAAUGCAAGAUAUGGGACUCUUGUUUGAGAAUAUGGAAAACUUCAGGAAAGCCAUAAAGAAAUUCCCAAAUUGCAGUGAAUGUUACAUACUUUUCGGUCAAGUUUUAGCCGAGAGGCAAAGUUUUGAAGAAGCAGAGGAUUUAUAUAAGCAAGCUCUGAAAGUGAAUCCAUCUAACCCUACAAUUCUUGUCCAUAGAGGUUUAUUGCUGCUACAAUGGAAGAAUGACAUUGAAGGCGCAGUUAAAUUGAUUAGGGAAGCAAUAGAAUUGGAUAAAAAAUGUGAAUUUGCAUAUGAAACUUUGGGAACAAUUGAAGUACAAAGAGGAAAUCUGCUACUCGCCAUUGAACUAUUCAACAAAGCAAUUGAAUUAGUUAGAUCAGAAAUGGAAGUAGUACAUCUCUUCUCACUCAGAGAUGCAGCCCAAUCACAGUUGAAAGUUACCACCCUAAUGGGUAUCAAACCACAGUUUGGAGGUAUUUAAGGACUUUGGGCAAAAACAAUUUUGUUCCUUCUGUUGUGAUAUGCAGUAACUGAAUAAACCAUUCCUACAGAUCCUUAGGAACUUAUUUUGAUUUCAUUCAAUACAUAAAGCGAGUUAUUUGUUCAAUGAAAAAUGAUGUUGAAAUAAAAAUAGUUGAUUUUG